AUGCCAGUCUCCAAGUGCCCAAAAAAGUCGGAGCCCCUGUGGAAGGAGUGGGACCGGAAGGCGCAGAAGAACGGACUGAGGCAGCAGGUGCAUGCAGUGAAUGGUGACCGUUACGUGGGCGAGUGGAAGGACAACAUGAAACAUGGAAAAGGAACAAAGGUGUGGAAGAAGAAAGGAGCCAUCUAUGAGGGAGACUGGAAGUUUGGGAAGCGAGAUGGCUAUGGCACCCUCAGCCUUCCCGACCAAGAGACAGGAAAGUACAGGAGAGUCUACUCGGGCUGGUGGAAAGGCAACAAGAAAUCGGGCUAUGGGAUCCAGUUUUUCGGACCUAAGGAGUAUUACGAGGGUGAGUGGUGUGGCAACCAGCGCAGCGGGUGGGGCCGCAUGUACUACAGCAACGGCGACAUCUACGAGGGCCAGUGGUUGAACGACAAGCCCCACGGGGAGGGCAUGUUGCGCCUGAAGAACAGGAACCGCUACGAGGGCUACUGGGAGAGAGGCAUGAAGAAUGGGACAGGGCGUUUCUUCCACCUGGACCAUGGCCAGCUGUUUGAAGGCUUCUGGGUGGACGAUGUGGCUAAGUGUGGCACAAUGAUUGACUUUGGCCGUGAUGAGGCCCCUGAGCCCACCCAGUUCCCCAUUCCUCAGGUCAAAAUUGUAGACCCUGACGGGGUGCUAGAGGAAGCUUUGGCCAUGUUCAAGAAGACAGAGGAAGAAGAGUGA